AUCCACUAUAAAAAGCAAACAACGCUUUAAUAGAGAGAAUACAGAGAGAAAAAAACAGAGCAUUCUUAUUUCUCACAAUCACAGUGCCAUAGCUCUUACAGAAACUGAAACCCGCAAGCACUCUCUCUCUCUCCUUUCAAUUUUCCAACCAUUUACCUGCUUUGCAUUGUCAUUGUUCUGUUCUGUCUCUCUUUUCUUUUUCAUUAAGGAACCAUAACAUGCUUAGAUCUUCAAGCAUAUCAACGUUUUGUUAAUUUUUCUACCUCUUUCACAGUUUCUUUUCUGCAUGACCCUGGAAACAAAAACAAGUUUUUCUCCUUUUCUUUAAGUAAAGUUGGUUAAAUUUAUUCAAAAAAACAUUUGAAGUAAAAAAAUGUAUGCUUUUCAAGGAGCAAGGAAUGGACUUGGUUUACAACACGAGUUUCUUUGGAGACAAAUCAGAGAGCCAUUGAUCGUGCCAUUGCUGAGAGUUGCAGUGUUUGUUUGCCUAGGCAUGUCGUUGAUGAUGUUGGUUGAGAGAGUUUACAUGGGAAUUGUGAUUUCUUAUGUGAAGUUGUUUGGUAGAAAACCAGAGAAACGUUAUAAAUGGGAGACUAUUAAGGAUGAUGUUGAGUUGGGAAACUCUAAUUACCCUAUGGUUCUUGUUCAAGUUCCAAUGUAUAAUGAAAGAGAGGUUUAUCAGUUAUCAAUUGGUGCUGCAUGUGGACUCUCAUGGCCUUCUGAUAGGAUCAUCAUACAAAUUCUUGAUGAUUCAACUGAUCCUACAAUUAAGGAGUUGGUACAAGUAGAAUGCCGUAGAUGGAGAAGCAAAGGUGUGAAUAUAAAGUAUGAAGUUAGGGACAAUAGAAAUGGUUACAAAGCAGGUGCAUUAAAGGAGGGAAUGAAACAUAGCUAUGUGAAACAAUGUGAUUAUGUUGCUAUCUUUGAUGCUGAUUUUCAACCAGAACCUGAUUUUCUUUGGCGAACCAUCCCUUUCCUUGUUAAUAAUCCUGAUAUUGGUCUUGUUCAGGCUCGCUGGAAGUUUGUGAAUGCGGAUGAAUGUUUAAUGACAAGGAUGCAAGAGAUGUCACUCAAUUAUCAUUUUACAGUUGAACAAGAAGUUGGAUCUUCCUCUUACGCCUUCUUUGGCUUCAACGGGACUGCGGGUGUAUGGAGAAUUUCGGCGUUGAAUGAAGCUGGUGGGUGGAAAGAUAGAACCACCGUCGAAGACAUGGAUUUGGCUGUACGUGCCAGUCUCAAAGGAUGGAAAUUCUUAUACCUCUCCGAUUUGCAGGUUAAAAACGAAUUGCCAAGUACAUUAAAAGCCUUUAGGUACCAACAACAUCGAUGGUCAUGUGGACCAGCCAAUCUUUUCAGAAAAAUGGUAAUGGAGAUUGUCACAAACAAGAAAGUGUCUUUGUGGAAGAAGAUAUAUGUUGUUUACAGUUUUUUCUUUGUUCGGAAGAUUGUGGCCCACAUCAACACAUUUGUUUUCUAUUGCAUUGUGUUACCUGCAACUGUUAUGGUACCUGAGGUUGUGGUCCCUAAAUGGGGAGCUGUUUAUAUCCCUUCCAUCAUCACCCUUUUAAAUGCUGUUGGAACUCCAAGGUCAUUCCAUUUACUUGUCUUUUGGAUUUUAUUCGAGAAUACCAUGUCUCUUCAUCGAACAAAGGCAACGAUUAUUGGUCUACUAGAGGCUAGUAGAGUGAAUGAAUGGAUUGUCACUGAAAAACUUGGAGAUGCUUUCAAGGGUAAAGCUAGUGGUAAAGGACUCAAAAAGCUUCGAUUUAGGAUUGGAGACAGGAUUCACAUGUUAGAACUUGUUGUUGGAUUCUACCUCCUCUUAUGUGGCUGCUAUGAUCUUAUGUAUGGGAAAAAUCACUUCUUCAUAUUCCUAUACAUCCAAGCGUUUGCUUUCUUCAUCAUGGCAUUUGGAUAUGUUGGCACUUUUGUUCCCAACUCCUAGAAGAACUUGGCAUUGGCAAUACUUCAUUCAACAGUUUCAAUUUUUAUGAAUUCAACAAUUUAUAUCUACAUAUUGGAAUAUAAUAUAAUGUUCAUUACUCACAGCGUGAUCUGCUACAUAAAAAAAGAGUGUGAAUAUUCAACCAAAAUAGAUGAAGAAAUUACGUAAGUAUAUAGAUCAACUCAGUAGUCUACAGCAACAUUUGAUUGGAAGAUUGUUUCUAAAAUUUUGUAGUUUUUUUUUUUAAAAUACUUUAGAUUCUUUUGCCUAUUUACAUUGUAUUUGCUUGAGGAAAUAAGCUGCUUCAAUAAUGGAAUAGAUUUACAAAGUUUUCUUUUGAA